AUGUUACCCAAGACUCGUCUGGGGAAGCGUUCCCCCCUAGGGGCAUUGGUGUGUACCUCCUGCCCCUCCAUGGAGAGCACACUGGAGACAGGGGGCCACGGGGAACCUGAGGGGGGCGUGGGGAGCCCAACCAUGGGACCACCAGGGCCCCAGCAUCUCAGCAGGUUCAACUACAAACUACACCCUGGACAGAAGGUGAGGGAGAGGGGAGACAGGGAGGGGUGGGUAGAGAAGGGGGAGGGAGAGAGAGGGGGAGAGUGAUGACGGUAGAGGAGAGAACGGGCUAAAACGACUGAGGGUAGGUGAGAGAACAGAGGGAGGGAGAAAAAGUGGAAUGCACUGUUCUUAUGUAACAUUUCAUAACUACUACAGAUGUAGGAUCUUAAUUUGAGCCAAUUUAAGAAUCCUGCAGCAACAAUAAAUUAUUAUAAUGAAUGGACAUUUUUGUAGGGGUUGAUACAUUUUUCGUAAGGGAAAAUCAUGUCUGAAAUUUCAAAGUGGAAAUUACAACAUUCUGAAGCCAAAACCUCAAAUACACUACACGUUUUCAAUUUCCUGCAACAGGGUGAUCAAAUUAAGAUCCAAUAUCUGUAUCUAUACCCCAUAUGGUCUCAGCCUUCUGUUUUCUGCUUGAGAGAAAAACAGCCAAUCUGUCUGGCUGUCAUUAUCUUUCCCAUUAUCUUUCCCUCGUUUUCAGUGUUGAUGUACAUCUGUAUCUCUUGGCCUCUAUCCCAUCUUUUCUCAUCUACAGUAUGUCACUCCUCCCUCAGGUGAACAGGCUGGGCAGCAGUCCACUGUCAUUCUGUCACUCUGCCUUUGUCCACUGUGCUGUUUGAUGGCCACAUUGGCACGAGUACCUCAAGGCAUCGCUCUCUCUCUUGCUUUUAUAUCGGUCUUUCUCUUUUUCUUUCUCUGUCUUGCUAUGCCUUUCGCACCACUCUCCCCCUAGCUUAACACUAACUCUGACUUGUUGUUUUUGACUUGUCGUUGUACGUCUCUAUCACUCUCUCUCUGUCUGUCUCUCGCUCUGCCUCUCUCUCUCGCUCUCUCUCUUGCUCCCUCCCUCCCUCUCCCUCCCCGAUUUAACACGUCACUGUCUCUAACCCCUCCCUCCCACCUCAGGUGUAUGUGUUGUGUGGAGGGCGUGAGUGCACUGGGGUGGUGGAGCAACACAACCAUGUGGAUAAUGAGGUGGCUAUCCUACUGCCUGCUCUGGGACAGCAUGUCCUGAGGAAACUACAGGACGUCUGGACCUCCCCCGCUGUCCCUCCUCAACCUCCUACUGCAACACAGAGCACAGGCAGACCACACCAAGUGUCCUCCUGCAUCGAUGUGCCCAAUGUGCCCAGGAGGUAAGGGUAGGAUUAUGUAGUGUGUGGAGGUAAGGGUAGUGUAAUGUAGUGUGGGGAGGUAAGGGUAGUGUAAUGUAGUGUGUGGGGAGUAAGGGUAGUGUAAUGUAGUGUGUGAGGUAAGGGUAGUGUAAUGUAGUGUGGGGAGGUAAGGGUAGUGUAAUGUAGUGUGGGGAGGUAAGGGUAGUGUAAUGUAGUGUGGGGAGGUAAGGGUCUGUAUGUAGUGGGGAGGUAAGGGUAGUGUAUGUAGUGUGGGGAGGUAGGGUAGUGUAUGUAGUGUGGUAUAAGGUCGUGUGACAUGUAGUUGGGAGUGUACGGUGUGUAAUGUCGUGUGGUAGGUCAAGGGUGUGUAACUGUAGUGUGGGGAGUGGUCGGUGUGUACUUGUGUGUGGCGUUAAGUGUGUGUCUGUGUGGAUGGUAGGUCCUUCGUUGUACUGUCGUGUUUGUUGUUGUGGGGAGGCUCCGGUAGUGUCUAUGUGCUGUGGCUAGGGUAUAUUUGAGUACGUGUGUUGUGUGUCUGGGUCGGUCGUGUCUGUUGUGGUCGGUACGGUCGUGUCAUGUGUGUGGGCGGUUCGGGUAGUGUAUGUGUUGUGUGGGUAGGGUAGUGUAUGUGUGUGUGGAGGUACAGGGUAGUGUGUACUGUAGUGUUGGGUCCGGUAGUGUUAAUGUAGUUGGGGAGGUAAUUGGUUCCGUGUACUGUGUGUCAGGUAAGGUUUCGUUGUAAGUAGUUGUGAGGUAAGGGUAGUGUAAUGUAGUGUGGGGUAGGUCGGUGUAGUGUGGGUAUGUGUGUGGAGGUAAGGGUAGUGUAUGUAGUGUAGGAGGUACGGGUAGUGUAAUGUGUGUGGGGGUCCGGUAGUGUAAUGUCUUUGUGUCAGUAAGGGUAGUGUAAUGUAGUGUGGGGAGGUAACGGUUGUGUAAUGUAGUGUGGGGAGGUAAGGGUAGUGUAAUGUAGUGUGUCAGGUAAGGGUAGUGUAAUGUAGUGUAUGGAGGUAAGGGUAGUGUAAUGUAGUGUGUGAGGUAAGGGGUAGUGUAAUGUAGUGUGUGGAAGUAAGGGUGUUUUAAUGUUAGUGUGUGGGGUAGGGUAGUGUAAUGUAGUGUGGGGAACGGUAAGGGUAGUGUAUGUAGUGUGGUGGGUUUUGGGUAGUUUUAAUGUAGUGUGGGGAGGUAACGGUAGUGUAAUGUAUGUAGUGUGGGGAGGUAAGGGUAGUGUAAUGUAGUGUAUGGAGGUAAGGGUAGUGUAAUGUAGUGUGGGGAGGUAACGGUAGUGUAAUGUAGUGUGUGGAAGUAAGGGUAGUGUAAUGUAGUGUAUGGAGGUAAGGGUAGUGUAAUGUAUGUAGUGUGGGGAGGUAACGGUAAUGUAAUGUAGUGUGUGAGGUAAGGGUAGUGUAUUGUAGUGUGGGGAGGUAAGGGUAGUGUAAUGUAAUGUAGUGUGGGGAGGUAACGGUAAUGUAAUGUAGUGUGUGAGGUAAGGGUAGUGUGUUGUAGUGUGGGGAGGUAAGGGUAGUGUAUUGUAGUGUGUGUUAGGUUGGGCAUGUGUGUGAAUUAAUGAGGGGCAGGGUAUGCAUGCUCCUGUCUCUUCCUCUUCUUCUCGCUCUCUCUUUUGCUCUCUUUCUCUCAGUGUAAAUUGACCUAAUCUCUCUCCCCUUUCUCCCUGCUCCUGCUACAGGAGUCCAGAGUCACUGGAUAUGGAUGAGAUGAUGGCAGCCCUGGUUCUGACCAGCCUGUCCUGCAGCCCUCUUGUUCAGAGCCCACCUCAGAGAGACACAGUCAUAGGUAAAUAAUUGAUUGAUAAGCUCUUAGUUAUAUUUUUCCUGUCCAUUUUUUGUCAAUCAUUGAAGUUCUAAUCAAAUAUGUGUAUGUGUGUGUGUACAGCAGGCUCUACAGGUAUGGAGUGCGGAGGCGGGGAACUCUCAGACAGCGGCAGCAGUGGCUACUGGAGCUGUGACCGUGGCUACAGAAGCCCGGCCCCAUCUCCGCCAAUCACAGAGACAGAAGGUCACAGCCUGGCCACACCCACUGAUGAGGGAUUGGAAAUGGAGCUGGAGCAGGUGCUGUUUGACGAGCCUGCACCACGGAAACGCAGGGUGAGUAGGGUAGUCACAGAAACAGCCUUGCUAAAAUUGAUCAGAAUUGACUGGAAAACACAUCAGCAAUCAGCUAUUUGUUCUUAAUUUAAAGUUGAGUCAGUUCCAUCAACAUUGCUUACCUGUGAACUUGUGUUUCCUCCCUCCAGAACUCAGUGAAGGUGGCCUACAGGUGUCUGUGGCCCAACUGUGGGAAGAUUCUGACGUCUGUCGUGGGGAUUAAACGUCACAUCCGUACCCUGCACCUGGGGUAAGUGUGUAGGGAUAAGCCCAUGACAAUAACAUUGCCAAUUAUGUAUCCACAAAGCUUUAUAAAAUACUUGUAUUAUUAGAUGAUGUGGAGUGCUUCUACUAGCAGUGGUAGUGGCAGAAGAAUACAAAAAAACAACAGUUGCAUUAAUCUAUGUACUGUAUAUCUAUGUGUUUUCCCUCCCACAGCCAGAGUGGUGAGCAUGAGCGUUGCUCCCACAGCGAGGAGGACUUCUACUACACAGAGAUCCACCAGCGGGAGCUGCAGCCCCUCACCCCACCUCCUGUGGUCUCCACCCAACCCCCCAUCCCUACCACUAGCACCAUCACCCCCUGGUUGGCCUGCGCCUUCCCCUCCAGCUCCUCUCCCUCUGGGGUAGGACCAGGGGAACCAGGGGUAGGAGCAGGAGCUGGAGGAGACUCCCCCACAGAAGUGAGCCCCCAGCCCAUCCAGCUCAGCCAGUCUGCCCCCUCCACCCCAGGGUGCUUCGGGCAGGUCCACUCUGAGCACUCCUACCAGGUAGGCACUAGGACAGGGUUCCCCAACAGGCAAUGUUUUUCCACUCAGUUGUCCAGUGUUGGUGAUCGUGUGCCCACUGGAGCCGCUUCUUCUUGUUUUUAGCUGAUAGGAGUGGAACCCGGUGUGGUCAUCUGCUGCAAUAGCCCAUCCGUGACAAGGACCAACAAGUUGUGUGUUCCAAGAUGCCGUUCUGCACACCACUGUUGUAUUGCACCGUUAUUUGCCUGUUUGUGGACCGCCUGUUAGCUAGCACGAUUCUUGACAGAUGUUUUUUGUUUGGCGCACCAUUCUCGAUAAACCCUUGACACUGUCGUGCGUGAAAAGCCCAGGAGGCCGGCCGUUUCUGAGAUACUGGAACCGGCGCACCUGGCACCAACGAUCAUACCAUGCUCAAAGUCGCUUACUUCACUGGUUUUGCCCAUUCUAACGUUCAAUCGAACAGUAACUGAAUGCCUCGAUGCCCACCGUCUGUAGGAGAUAACCAUUUUGUGAACAUGGUGGUUUACUGUACUUAAUAAAUGUCUACAUUUUCUCUGUUCUGGACAUAAUAAGUGGAAAACAAAUGUUUCUUGAGUGAAAUACAUUACAAGCAGGGCCUCCCGAGUGGCGCUGCUGUCUAAGGCACUGCAGUGCUUGAGGUGUCACUACAGAUCCGGGUUUGAUCCCGGGCUGUGUCGCACCCGGCCGUGACCGGGAGACCCAUUAGGCGACGCACAAUUGGCCCAGCGUCGUCCGGGUUAGGGGAGGGUUUGGCCGGCCGGGAUGUCCUUGUCCCGUCGCGCUCUAGCGACUGCUGUGGCGGGCCGGGCGCAUGCACGCUGACACGGUCGCCAGUUGUACGGUGUUUCCUCCGAUACAUUGAUGCGGCUGGUUAAGCGAGCAGUGUGUCAAGAAGCAGUGCGGCUUGGCAGGGUUUUGUUUCGGAGGACGCAUGUCUCUCGACCUUCGCCUCUCCCGAGUCCAUACGGGAGUUGCAGUGAUGGGACAAGACUGUAACUACCAAUUGGAUAUCACAAAAUUGGGAAGAAAAACUAUGAGCACUUAUUGAAAACUCUGUAUUGUUUUGCAAGUGGUUAUACAGCCUUUUGUUUUGUAUUUUGCAUUUAAUGAUCCCACCUGAUCGCAACCAUUGACCAUAUUGUUUACCUCUGCAGGCUCCUGCUUCAGUCCAGGUGGUGGCGCCACCCGUCUCUGUCUCCUCCUGCCGUUGGACCACACCCACCUCCACCCCCCAACCAAGAC